CAAGCCAGUCCCAAUGUUCCCGAGGACGUUCCUGAGUAGUUAGCCUGAGCGAUGAACAUCUACAGCGACUAAGAUCAUAUGCCAGAAUACCCCGUAGAAGAUAGUAGCAAUGAAGCCUCUUGAGAGUCGUCCGCGCAGAGCUCUCCGGCCCGACAGCAAAUCAGGAAGAUAUCUCUUGGAAUGAAGGGAAGUGUGGCAAGGAAUUCACUGCGCUAUCUCACAUCAGCAUCUCUUCUCAUCGUUCCUUACCUCUUGCCAGCCCGGCCAAGCCGGAAAGGUACAGUGAUGGAUCGAAGCCUCCGUCGGAGUACGAUGGUAGAUAGAAUCCGAAUAGGUUGCUGGCAUUGGAUGCGAUGCAUGGGUUACAGGGGUCUGCAUUGCAUUUGGUGUACUAUGGGCAUGGCAACCUCUGCAAGACAGUGGCGAGACUACAAGACGAAGGCGACUAGGUCGGAUCAGACAGACGAUCUCCAAAUUAUCCCCCCUGGAGCUGAGGCGUUGUGGCCCCUGCGGGCAAUUGGAACACAUCUGCUGUUGGGUUGCUCUCGUCGAAGACGAUCGAGUCGUUACGUGAGAAGACGCAAUAUGGCGAGAAAGCUGACUAGCGAUAAUGACCAUGUCCGGAAGUUGUAACGUAGUAGUGCUGACCAUGAGAGACAACCGAGGAUUACAACGUAAUAAGAUGUACUUUUCCGCCGCCAAAUAUUCCGGAAUCCGAGCGUAACAAAGAGAACAUCAUCCAGCGACCGAAAGGUGACGAAGCAGAUUGUGUACAGUUGACUUGAGUCGAUCGUGGCUGGUGACCUUUCGAUAUCGCCGAGAAACAGAUAGACGCGAGUGCCGAUUUUUUGAAAGCAA